AUGGCUCCCCUGUUUGAGACUCAGUGUUCUUACGUCGAGGCAACAGUGGCUCAGUUCCUGCGCUGGACUCUGCAUCAGACUGAUGCGGGGCCUUUCUCUGAAUACCCCUAUACAGAGUAUUGGGCUUAUGCUGACUACAAGUACAUCAGCCUGCUGUUUAAAGAACAACCUUUCAUGUUCGAGGAUGUUAAGUGGUCUGAGUUUGGCUUUGAAGGACGUAACGGGAAAGAAAGCACUUUGUGGAUUGGGACAGAGGGGGCUAACACGCCGUGCCAUCUGGACACCUACGGCUGUAACCUGGUGCUGCAGGUUCAAGGACGGAAACGCUGGCAUCUUUUCCCUCCGGAGGACACAGCAAAGCUUUAUCCAACCAGGAUCCCUUUUGAGGAGUCCAGCAUCUUCAGUCAGGUGGACGUUCUUCACCCUGACCUGAGUAAAUUCCCCUGGUUUAAGGGGGCCAGGGCCCACAUCAUCACUCUGGAGCCUGGGCAGGUGCUUUAUGUCCCGAGGCAUUGGUGGCACUAUGUGGAGUCGAUAGAUCCCAUCACAGUCAGCGUCAACUCCUGGAUCGAGCUGGAAGAGGACGAUGUGGCUAGAGUCGGUGAAGCUGUAACCAAGGCGGUCGUCUGUGCAAUGAAAAGUACUGAAAGUGAUGAAAACACUGACAUCUGGCUGAACCCCACUGAGGAAGAAAAGUCGUCCCACGAUGAAAACAUGCAGUAUCUCAACCUGGCAGUGAUGGCGUCUGCUCAGAGAAAGAGGAGAAACUUCCAGAGGAAACCAGUAAAGCGGGACUCAUGCGGUCAAGUAAAGCCCAGGGGAGAUGGGGGGAAGGUAUCUGGGGAAUUCAGUAUCCCGUUCGGGCAACAUCUGCUCCCUGUGAGGUGUCAGGAAGAGGAAGCGACGGUCCCUGAAGCGUCCUCCUGUAGCUCUGCCGUCUCUUCCCAGCAGUCUGCUGGUCGUGACUGUGUGACACCGGACCGAAGGACAUCUGAGCGGUCCACAGAGAAUUAUCAAGGAUCUGGACCCUCACUGAUCACCACUAAUGACCUGUUAGACUGUCUGCUCCAUCCGGACAUCAUCAGCCGUGUGACAGAGCUGCUGAUGGAGAGGCACACAGGAGGCCAUCUUUAAAGCUAACCUGCCAAAGGCCGGACAUGAAUCUGUAGCUCCUGCUGUCACAAAACACCUUUCCUUUCUCUACUCUUAUUCUGUGAUCCUGCUAUUAAAGACCUUAAAUAUAAGAAAACAUCAUUAUGCAGCGAGUCAUGCUGUCCAGCUGCUCUGCCAUUUCCUCACCGUGUCGUCCAGCUCACGUUAAUCUGGUUUAGAUCCUCCAGCAGAGGAGAAAAUGACCACCUCCAUCCAGUUAGUAUGCUAAUGGCCCAAAUAAUUCAGUCAUAUUUCCCCAACAGAAACCUUUGAUUUCCUCUCUAAUGUUUUGUCAUUCAGGGAUAAAAAUAAUGCUUCCAUAAAGGGUUGAUCAUAAUGCUGUCUGGAUUAAUGGCCAUCGACUGAAUCUGCUACCAGAGUACAUCUUACCAAAGGAGACAGUCAUGUAUUUACAAUAAAUUGAAAUGUUUUAGGGGUUUUUUCUUACCGCAUUUACCAUUUUUUCUUUAGAUAUUUCUAUAUAGA